AAAUAACUUUUUCCUAUCUUUAUCUGGCCAUUUGUUUAUUUCUAAAAAACUUCUUGUUACAUACAUCCUAGUCCACUUAAGAUACAAUUUCCUGAUUCCCUGACAUCAAUGUGUUCAAAGUCGCCCUUUUACUCACCCUAGUUCACACUCAAAACAUCGGUAUUAACAUUCUCUCCUUUUCAUUAUAAAUUCAAGCCACCACACAGAACACAGAGUCAUAGAGCUAAAGAAAACUUUCCCCUGCAUCUUACUUAGAGUCUAAUUAAGCAUCUAGCUAAACAACCAUGUCUAAUUCUAAAGCAUCUGCCAGCUUUUUCUUAAUCAUCCUUCUCCUCUGCUUUACCCUGUCCUACGCUGCUCGCCCUGAGCCAACCUUUCAUGAGGCCACCCUCAGCAAUAUUCAAAACCAGGAUGUUGUUGAACCAAAACAAGUUGGUAAGGAAGAGAGCUGCAAAGGAGUCAAGGAAGAAGAAUGUUUGGAAAGGAGGACUUUGGCUGCUCAUCUUGACUAUAUCUAUACCCAAAAUCAAAACCCCUGAAAGUGUUCCCAAGGAUGAGAAUCAGCUUGUUUUAUUAUUAUUUGACCAAGGUUUUAGUUUGAUUAUUGCCUAUAGAUAUAACGAAAGCAGUGAUAGGUAGAGUCAGUUAUCACAUAUAUUAAAUUGCUUUCGGUGUGUUUCUUAUUGAUUUUCCCUGUAUGUCAAGCUGUAUUCUCAUAUAAACUUCCUCGUGUAACCCUGCUGAUUGCUAAUAAUAUAUUUAUACUAUUCUUGUGAUUUGGUGUA